GGUGGGAGGGGAGCGUCCCGGAGCCGGAGGCCGCAGACUUGGGCGCGCUCCGAGGGAGGAGGCGGCUGGGCCGCGCGGAUUCCUGCUUCGCUCUUUCCCACCCCCUCUCAUCAGCACACACGCUUUUUGUUCGGGUCAAAAGUGGUCUAAUUACAGACGAUGGCGAGGCCCAGUCACAGCAGCUACGUCCUCCAGCAGCUGAACAACCAAAGAGAGUGGGGUUUCCUCUGUGACUGCUGCAUUGCCAUCGACGACAUCUACUUCCAAGCGCACAAGGCCGUCUUGGCUGCCUGUAGCUCCUAUUUUAGAAUGUUUUUCAUGAACCAUCAGCACAGUACCGCACAACUGAAUCUCAGCAACAUGAAAAUAAGCGCCGAGUGCUUUGAUCUCAUCCUGCAGUUCAUGUAUUUGGGAAAGAUUAUGACCGCUCCUUCCAGUUUCGAGCAGUUCAAAGUGGCAAUGAACCACCUGCAGCUGUACAAUGUCCCUGACUGCUUAGAAGACAUACAGGACGCAGACUGCUCUAGUUCCAAAUGCUCGUCCUCGGCUUCCAGCAAGCAGAACAGCAAGAUGAUUUUUGGGGUAAGAAUGUAUGAAGACACCGUGGCUAGAAAUGGCAGCGAAGCCAACAGGUGGUGUGCCGAGCCCAGUUCAACAGUGAACACACCACACAAUAGAGAGCCCGAGGAGGAGCCGUUACAGUUAGCUCACUUUCCUGAGCCACUGUUGGAUGUGUGUAAAAAAAGUUCCGUGUCCAAACUAUCGACUCCCAAAGAACGUGUGUCCCGGCGCUUUGGACGGAGUUUUACCUGUGAUAGCUGUGGAUUUGGCUUCAGCUGUGAAAAAUUACUAGAUGAACAUGUGCUGACCUGUACUAACAGACAUUCAUACCAAAACACAACAAGAGCUUACCACCGAAUAGUGGAUAUUAGAGAUGGAAAAGAGAGUAACAUCAAAGCUGAACUCGGUGAAAAGGAUUCUUCUAAAACAUUUUCUGCACAGACAGACAAAUACAGAGAAGACGCCAGCCAGGCGCCUGAUGAUUCAGCUUCGACCACUGGAAGCAGAAAGGGCACAGCGGAGCCUGGACUGGCUGGGGAAGAAAAGGGUAGAGCUGCUGAGACGAAAAGAAUUAUCAUCAAGAUGGAACCAGAAGAUAUUCCUACGGAUGAGAUGAAAGACUUCAACAUUAUCAAAGUUGCUGAUAAGGACUGCAAUGAGUCCACUGACAAUGACGAGUUAGAGGAUGAGCCGGAAGAGCCAUUUUAUAGGUACUAUGUUGAGGAAGAUGUCGGCAUUAAAAAGAGUGGUCGGAAAACCCUGAAGCCUCGCAUGUCCAUCAGUGUGGAUGAAAGAAGCGGUAUAGAGAGCGUGAGACCCCCUCACAACAGCAGUCCAGUGCAGGAGGAUGCAGAGAGUGCGUCCUGCGAGCUGUGUGGACUCACCAUAACCGAGGAGGACCUGUCAUCUCACUACUUAGCCAAACACAUCGAAAACAUCUGCGCGUGCGGGAAAUGUGGGCAAAUACUGGUCAAGGGCAGACAGCUUCAGGAACACGCGCAGAGGUGUGGAGAACCUCAGGAUCUGACGAUGAAUGGGCUAGGAAAUGCUGACGAGAAGAUGGACAUGGAAGAGAACCCUGAUGAGCAGUCUGAGAUAAGAGACAUGUUUGUUGAAAUGCUAGAUGAUUUCAGGGACAAUCAUUACCAAAUAAACAGUCUCCAGAAAAAGCAGUUAUUUAAACAUUCCGCUUGUCCUUUUCGGUGUCCCAAUUGUGGCCAGCGUUUUGAAACUGAAAAUUUAGUGGUCGAGCAUAUGUCAAGCUGCCUAGACCAGGAUAUGUUUAAGAGUGCCAUCAUGGAAGAAAAUGAGAGAGAUCACAGACGAAAACACUUCUGUAACCUCUGUGGGAAAGGCUUUUAUCAGCGCUGUCAUUUGAGAGAACACUAUACUGUUCAUACUAAGGAAAAGCAGUUUGUUUGUCAGACAUGUGGGAAGCAGUUCCUAAGGGAGCGGCAGUUGCGUCUGCACAAUGAUAUGCACAAAGGCAUGGCCAGGUAUGUCUGUUCCAUUUGUGAUCAAGGAAACUUCCGAAAACAUGACCAUGUACGGCAUAUGAUUUCUCAUCUUUCUGCUGGUGAGACGAUAUGCCAGGUCUGCUUUCAGAUAUUCCCCAAUAAUGAACAGUUGGAGCAGCAUAUGGAUGUUCAUCUGUAUACGUGUGGAAUAUGUGGAGCAAAGUUUAAUUUGAGGAAAGAUAUGAGAUCACAUUAUAAUGCCAAGCAUUUGAAAAGAACCUGAGGGGCUUUCUGCGGUAUGAAUGUUUAGUUGAUAGGCAGAACACCAAAGCAAAAGGAUAUGAGCUAUUUAGACACUGAUUUUAUAAGGAGUGUUGGGAAAUUUUUUCCAAGGCCCUUUACUUUAACAUUUUUGUUUAGGACCUUAAGUAUAUUUUAGGCAUUAAAUGUUUAUCACUUUUGAUGUUUCUAAGAGCAUUCUUUGUUCCUAGUUUUCUUAACUACCAUUAAAAGUACUUUUCAAUGUAGACUCAGUGCUGGCAUCCCUUCAAUGACUAUUAACUAGUUGGUUUUUUUUUUUUUUUAAUCAAUAAGGUAAUGAUUUCACUAUUUCUCUGUACUUUCUUCAUUUUAAGGUUAUCCCAUGAAAUUUUAAACCCGAGAUCAUUGACCAUUCCUGCUUAAAUUUUUUAAAGAAUUUUUAAAGAAUUAUUUAAAACUAUCUUAUUCUUUUUUGGUUUUGCUUUUUGGGCUUUUUUGUUUUUGGUUUUAUUUUUUUGCUGUUUGUCAGUUGUAAAGUGGGGUGGCUGCUGUUCAUUCUCCCUUAUCAAUGAAAUCCAUAUUCUUAAAUUGACAGCCUUAGGCAAGUGAGGUGCACUGAAUCUAACCUUUAAGGUGGACAUGGGCUCAAUCUUGGCCUAAGAUUGAUGGACCUAAGGAAAUUCCUAUAAAUGAACAUUUCCUAUAAUUGAUAAAAUGUUAUCAUUUAAUAAUCACAUUUAAAACUUAUAUUAAGUGUAAAUCCCAAUGACUUUCCCUCACUUGAGAAAUUAGUGGGGAUAAGCCAUUUUGUUUUGUGAUACUGAAUUUAACUAUGAUAGUUAAUUAAAAAGACAUCUUGUAUUCAUUAAAAUAUUUUAAUUUAAAAAUAUUCUGAUUUCUAAAGUGUGUUAGUUUAUCAAUUAUUUUGUUUAUAAAUAGACUUUAAUAGCUCUUUAGGAAUAUGACAUCUAAGGAAAAAUGAUUUUUCACUUUUAAAAUUACUUUGGAACUGAGAUUUGAAAAAGCUGCCAUGUAUAUUGAUAAAUCUAAUAAAAUAAAGAAAUCGAUUAUAAAUCUGGUUGUUCUAUAAAAGUAGAGUGCACAAAAGUGUGUCGUGUUUUACACUAAGAUUUGGAGGAAGUGUGUUGUGGAAAAUUGCUAUGCUUUAUAUAUCAUUUUCUGUAAAAGAUACAAGAUUUGAGGACUAUAACAUAAUCCCAGCAUAUAAAUGGAAAGAGCUUCUACUUGUCAGGGAAAGUCAUAUUGUUAGUUGUCGACAGGGUCUAUACUAUAUCAGUUACAUGUGAACUAAAACACUGGCAAAACACCCACCAAUAAACACAUCUGCCGAAUA